GGACCCAGUGGAUGGAUGACUGGAGUUUCCCUUGCGGUCUGAAGAUUAAUGGAAGGGGUCUGUUGAUCUUAGGAAUCGACUAUCAGAUGGUCGGUCCAUGGAAACCAUUGCACUUGAUGCCUGGUUUAGAAACGAAUGGAGAUAAAUACAAUUGAAAUAUCCAACAGCAGAAAAAACGACUAACCUGGACACCACUUUUGUUAUUCACGUCUCAACUGAAAAGGCCUGCCUUCACAGAGAUAGCACCUGGUUAGUUCAGGCCAGGAUACGACUGCGAGUGACGCUAAAAGCUAACGCUAGCUUGCUCGUACGAUAGACGGAAAACGACUUUUGACGAUCUGUCUAACGGCACGGACUCGAUUCUGGAUAAACCAAGCUAUCACUGGAAAUAAAGGACAGUCGAGUGACAUCUUGAUUUGCCACUGCUCGCUUGGAAAUUGACGAGCCAACACUCCGAGGCUAACAUCCACUGGUUGCUAGAGUUAGCUUGUGUGCUAGCCUAGCCAGCCUACAGCGUUAGCUUCAGACUUUGAUAUACUCGCUCGGGUUGAGUUUCCGAACUCCCUAAGGAGGGGUAUUGGAAGACAUUGAUUUACACACAGUCCAAUAAUGAUUGCUGUUAGCUAGUAGCUAGCUGUCAGCGUCAUUGAGCCCAGCGACAGCGUUAGCGGUGUAGCAACACUCAACCACUUGCAGAGGAGCACUCAGCCCGAACCCAGGGAGCCCACCAUCAGCCUUCAUCAUGGGCAACACGCCCACCGCAAAGAAGGGCAAUGAGAUGGAGAGCGUGAAGGAGUUUCUUGCCAAAGCCAAAGAAGAUUUCCUGAAGAAAUGGGAGAACCCAGCACAGCAAACUGCGGCAUUGGACCACUUUGAGCGUUUGAAGACCUUAGGCACCGGGUCGUUUGGUCGAGUCAUGCUGGUGAAACACAAAGAGUCGGGCCAGCAUUUUGCCAUGAAGAUACUUGACAAACAGAAGGUAGUGAAGCUGAAGCAGAUAGAACACACACUGAACGAGAAACGCAUCCUGCAAGCCGUCAGCUUCCCCUUUCUGGUGCGACUGGAGCACUCUUUUAAGGACAACAGUAAUCUCUAUAUGAUAAUGGAGUAUGUACCCGGCGGAGAAAUGUUCUCGCACUUAAGGAGAAUCGGUAGAUUCAGUGAACCGCACGCGCGCUUCUACGCAGCCCAGAUUGUACUGACCUUCGAAUACCUUCACUCGCUGGAUCUCAUCUACCGAGACCUUAAACCUGAGAACCUGCUCAUUGACCAGCAAGGCUACAUACAGGUAACAGAUUUUGGAUUCGCAAAACGGGUGAAGGGCCGAACCUGGACGCUUUGUGGGACCCCAGAGUACCUGGCACCGGAGAUCAUCCUCAGUAAAGGUUACAAUAAAGCCGUGGACUGGUGGGCUCUGGGAGUGCUGAUAUAUGAGAUGGCUGCCGGUUACCCCCCCUUCUUUGCUGACCAGCCUAUUCAGAUUUAUGAGAAGAUUGUAUCUGGGAAGGUUCGCUUUCCCUCCCACUUCAGCUCAGACCUGAAGGAUCUGUUGAGAAAUUUGCUGCAGGUGGACCUUACCAAGCGCUUUGGCAACCUCAGGAAUGGAGUCAACGAUAUCAAGGGCCACAAGUGGUUUGCCACCACCGAUUGGAUCGCCAUCUACCAGAGGAAGGUGGAAGCUCCCUUUAUUCCUAAGUGCAAAGGCCCCGGUGACACGAGCAACUUUGACGACUACGAGGAAGAGGAAAUCAGAGUCUCCUUCACAGAGAAGUGUGCAAAGGAGUUUGCUGAGUUCUAGAUUCCAUCCAUGAGAAGCAGAGAGAGAGCGAGAGAGAGAGAGAUUUAGAAAGUAAAAGGGGGUCUGAAGGAAAGAAGCGCUAGGGUGGACUGCUAACUUGCUUAUUUGUAAUGACGACAACAAUGUAAAACCCCCCCUUCCCCAAUGGAAAGGUAGGCAAAGUGAAGAAAGAUCCAACAGAACCAGCAGUGUUGCCUUUUCUGAUUGUUUCUCAACUGUUACCUAUUGAUUUUAUUUAUCCCUCUUGUGUUUGUGACGGGCUGGAAGAGAACAGGCAUAGGUAGUGGCUGUCCAGCUGUACGUGUAUCUUUCUGACGGUGUAAUGACAUGUUUUCAGUCUUUGCAGGUUGAGGCAUUGAUUUUCUUUUAGGUACUGAAUCUGCUAGGCUCUUUUUUUUUUCUUUUUUUUUUCAAAUGGACCCUCUCUACAAGCUUCUCAAAGAGUAAUUGUUGUAUCUUGUCACCCUGGUCCCCCCCCCCUCCAUCCCUCCAUCCUGAAUCUGUCCAAGCAAUACCAAGUCCAACAGAUGUGCCUAUCAUAAUGCCAACUGGUUGGAAAACUUUGUCGAAAGCACUGGUGCAGAGCUUUGGCUACGGUGGCAUCAGCCCUUGUGCCCGUUUGGUUUAAAGCUUGAAAACUCUCUGCACCUGCCUUUGUCUGCUAAAUAUGGCAUGAUUAUUGGGAGGAUGAUGCCCUCACUGCUCGCAGUUGAAGCAGCGGUGACCUCUUUGAUCGGAGUGAGAAUGAUUUAUCACAGUAAACUUCAUCUAGGUCUUACUCCUUGUGGGGACCUGUGAGAAAUGGUAAACAUGAGGUUUGCAUUUAAGUCUGUCUUUCUCUUAGCUGAAUUUAUUAGAGCAUUUUAAGAAUCCUAUUGGUGAUCAUUUGUCCUUCUGUCAAUCUCUGUGCUUGUGUGUUAUUUAGUGCUCAAGGGUGGGUUAAAAAGCUGUGAUUUAGCAGCAACUAACAUUGUGGUCACACUCCUGACUAUUGUUUAUUUAAUUCAUAGUACAUUUAUGAUGAUUUAUGAUAUAUAUAUAUAAUAUAUAUGAUAUAUAUGUAUGAUAUAUAUAUAUAUAUAUAAUAGAGUACAUGAACUAUCCAUCUUUUUCAACAUUGUCUCAUAGCUGUGAAACUGAAAUUAAGAUUUCAUAAAUAAACAAAUAUAAAUUCUGCCAAAUUUGCAAACUGAGAACAUUGCAAAGUUUUCUGUAUGUAACUACGACGGUGGUGGAUUUUAAUACGCAAAAAAAGUAGCAAAACGUUUCAACAAAAUGUGCAUGUUAUUUUUGUACAAUAUCACUUUUAAAGAGAGAUCGCAUUAUGGUUUUGUGCUGACGUACACGAGCUCAUGGAUAACAUGCUUAACUAUUAAAUGGACUCUCAGCAGCUUGAUUUUAAAGAUGGAACAAGACCAAGUCCAAUGUGUCAGAAAGUUCUUCUAGGCUUCUCACCUUGAUAAUUAUGAUUUUUCCUUCCUCCCUUUUAUCUUGUAUAUACCCUACAUGUAACACCUUCAGAUAGAUUUGCAGUCCAACCAAACAUUUUGGGACUGAUGAGAUUGGAGUGUUUUGUUUCAGUUUUCCAGCUUUCUAUGUAACAAAUUAAACUAAGGAAGCUCUCCUAAAGCUGUCCCCUUUUGCCAAGUUUAUUUCUGUGGAUGCAAGACAAUCGCAGACCAAAUCUAAUUGCUGGUUUGUUGACUGAACACUUGGUUUUGAUGAAGGAUGUUUGCUUUCGCCCUCCUCCCUCUCCAUAGGCCCUAGGUGCUAGACUUUGUCCAUCUCACUGAAAAGCUUCUGUGAAUUGUUAGAUGUGCAUCAAUUUGUCAUAAGGUCUUGUAACAUGACAUUUUUGAGAAUGUUUUUCAACUCUAAAUUAUUUCAGUAGGCUUGAGUUAUUAUUUUUGGCUGUCUCUUAAUGUAAUUGAGAUCAAACACAGGAUAUAUUUUUUUGAAUGUCUUGAUGGAGAUGGUUCAACACUGUUUGGAAACAUGAUGUGUAUUUUUUAUAAUACAUGUUUCUCCAGUCAGCUUGGUUUUUCUUGCAUGUGGUAAAGCAACCCAACGACAAGACAUCUCCUGGACCUGGAACGUGUUUGAGUAUCAUUGUUUCCACUGCCGACAGUCUCAUCACUGUUUACCCAUUUCUUUGAGCGUCACAUUGAACAAUGCAGUGGAUCACCAACCAACUUGUCCAGUCCUUUGCAAAUACUGAAGCACAUGCCACAUCCUUUCAAAUCUCCUAUUUAAUUGAUUUGAGCUAAUUAUUUGAAACUUUUAAGACACUAUUUAAUGCUUUGAAGAGAGCAGAUGUAAUAUCUUUAUGUUCUGACAAAUGACUAAAUCAGAGUUGGUGGGUGGAAGGCAAAGCCAUUCGAUCCACUUCAGACACUGAGGCCAUCACAAUGCAUACUUUUUGUUCCCCAUACCAAACUUCUUGUGGAUUGUCUUUAAUGAUCUUUUAUCAGCUGAACACUAUCAACUGCUCUGUGCUAAUUUUAGGUUUUUUCUCCUGUGUUUGCCUUCUAAUUUCAUCAAGUUUCCACACUCUUCAUUCAAACAUAACACUUUUUACAUCUGAGAUGUUUUGCGUUCAUAUUUUCUAAUUGUAUUUUCAAAAAAAAGAAGCAAAAAAGCAAAAACAGAACAUUAAUCUUUUCCUCAUGACCUGGGUACAGUGAUUGUGUAGUCUAUUGUACCUUUUGGGAAACAAUACUGUAUAUCCUUGCCUUCGACAGUCUUAACUAUCUUACCCUCUGGAGAACUUGACAGAUACCCUUAGAACACAAUGAGUAUGUUAAAAAAAAUAUACAUAAAGUAAUAUUUUGCAAAAUGUAUCAUUCCAAUAAACUUUUACUUGUUAAGACUAA